AUGACCACCGACACAGAAAUUGGUCAUGAAAGCGCGAGAGUGGAGGCUCCCGGCUCCUUCUCUGUCUCCGUUGAGUUCACGUUCAGUCCCCCUCGUGGUGGCCUUGAAAUUCUUUUCUCCAAUGAGCGCAAGCAUGGUGUCACACUACCUGCUCGACUGAGUGACGGUGGCCGGCCGAGGAUAAGCUUCCUCCUCGAACACCUUGUCGAAAAUGUGAUGAAGGAUGAAAGAAAGGAAUUGUUCAUAUUGGAGGGCAAUGUGCGUCCUGGUAUCCUUGUCCUCAUCAACGAUGCAGACUGGGAACUGGAGGGCGAAGAAAACUAUGAGCUCCAACCGGGCGACAACAUUGUCUUCGUUUCUACGCUACAUGGAGGUUAA